CCAACCACAGAACAGAUAUUUUUUUAUUAAAUUCAAACAUCUGCAAAUAAAAGUGAGAAUUUAAUAAAAAUAACGAGUAAUAUUCACGAUUUGAUAUAAGAAAUGGAUGACCCAGAAUUAAAUCGUAUCAGGCAGCAGCGUCUGGCUCAGCUGCAGGCUCAACGCGGCGGCGGCGGUAGCGCAGAUCCCAACAAUGCCAAGCAGCAAGAAGAGAGAAUGCAACAGAUGGAGGAGGCCAAGCACAGCAUCCUCGCACAGGCGCUCAGUCAAGAUGCUAGAGCCAGAUUAAACACAAUAAAGCUGGGCAAACCUGAGAAAGGAGCGAUGGUUGAGAACAUGAUCUGCCGGAUGGCUCAAAUGGGGCAGCUGCAGUCCAAAAUAUCUGAGCAAGAGUUGAUACAGAUGCUGGAAUCCAUCAACCAACAGAUGCCCAAGUCUGCCAGCACUGUGAAGUUCGACCGACGGAGGGCCGCUCUUGACUCUGAUGAUGAUCUCUAACAUUUCCUUGGCCUUAUGGCUUUCUAUGCCUUUAAGAUUAUUAUUGUUUACCUUUAUUCCUUAACACAUUAUGCAUGGGUGACUUGCACAAAUAAUUUGAAAAUGCUAACAUCUGUAAUUUUUUGCCCAUCAAGUCAAAGUUUAAUGACCUAUAUGUAACUUUGAAAUAUUUAUGAUUACAUUGGAAACAAAACCAAUACUUACUGUAAAUGAUCUUUUAUAAUAUUUAUUAUGAUGGUAAAGUCACCCUACAUCUUGAUUUAAUUAGUCUAUUUAUUUAUCUUAACUAGCUGCAGCAAAUCUUGAAUACUGAUAUUUAUAAGGUGCUUCUUUAAAUUUUUAUAUAACAGUUACACAGCCAUUUAAUAAAACUCAAAAUUAUAGUUUUCAAUAAAAUGUAUAAAACUUUGUAAGCUAAUAAAUGAAAAUAGUUAUACAAUUA